UUUCCUGGAAGAUGUGAUUGGAAAUUAGUUAGAUGGAUUCUGUAUAUAAGCUAAGGUAUCAACGAUUAAAUACCAUUUUCCGAUUAAAAAUCUUUAAUCAUGCAUCGAUUCGCGGUUGUUUUAGUUUUCGCAGCAGUUAUUGUCACAGAAGCGGCAGUAACACCUGAAGAUCUCGUUAAAUUUGGAAGAGCUCGCAGGGAUUGUGACCGGAGCACUCCUGUGGACAGUAGUAUCAUUGAUCGCGUGAUUAGUGGUGAAAUGAUUAACGACCGUCAAUUCUUUUGUCACGCCGCCUGUAUUGUCAAGGAACUUGGCCUGGUGAAUGCAGAUGGUUCCUUAAUGAUUGAUAAGAUCGUAAGUAAAAUUCCUGAAGGCUUACCAAAUCGUGAUGCCAUAGUCAAUGCUGCAAAUGAAUGUGGAACUAAAAUGGCUGCUGAUCCAUGUGAUAGAGCCCAAAUGAUAUUUAAUUGUUUCCACGAGAAAAAUGUUCCAAGUCUCUUAAUGGGAUAAAUGGUUAGAAGAGUCAACAUUGCUUUGAAAAAAGAAUUUUGCAUAUUUUGGUAAUUGAUUCAUGGACUAUCAGCGGUUAAGGUGAUUCUUAAAUGAAUAAUCGAGAAAACAGUCAUUCGAAAAUUUCUUCUAAAUAAAAAUAUUGUUGUCUUUGAAAUUAAAAAAUAAAUCUGUUGUCUUGAUCAAUAAAUAAUGUCUUAAAAAC